UUGACUCUGCAGCUUGAAUAGGCUGAUGCUCUCCAGGACCAUUACCAGGCGUACAGAUCAGAGCUGGGGAAACCUGGGAGAACAGCUAGAGACAUAUUCUGAGACCGUCAGUGGAAGUCAGAACCUAAAAGCUAAAUGGAGUUGGAUAUUUGUAUUUCAGAGUUUAAAAGACAUUGAGGAGGAUUGGAGAUCUACCGCUUGCUCCAUAGAAAGGAUUUGAUGGAUUUUACCAUGACUUCUGAAGCUGCUGUUUGGGUAUCCAAAGGUGCUGAGAGUCAUGAAAAUGUCUGACAUGGGAUAAAAGCAGAGCGACAGCUUUCAAACUUGAAGUCCAUAACCUGCCAUGACCUGAGCAGUAGUAAAGAUGCCAGGGGGGCAGUACCAGGUGUCCACCAGGAGGAAGACUCUCCACAGCCGCUAUAGCCUGUCAGUCAGCUCAUUAGGUCGGCAGGAUGAGGAGGAGGAUACCCCGCCACCAUGCCUCAGCCCUCUGGAGAAGCUCACCACCAAAAUGUGUCAGGAUGAGCAGACCAUCAAGGAGCUGAUUGUGGGCCGUAGGAUUGGCUUCUACAAGGUCCGAGGUGAGAUCGGCUCUGGAACCUUCUCCCACGUCAAAAUGGCCUUCCACUCCCUCACCAAAGACAAGGUGGCCAUCAAGGUGCUGGAUAAGAUGCGGCUGGAUGUUCAGGCCCAGAGGCUGCUCUCCAGGGAGAUCUCCAGCAUGGAGGCCCUGCAGCAUGCCAAUGUGGUGCGUCUGUACGAGGUGGUGGAGUCACACAGCCGACUCUACCUGGUGCUGGAGUAUGCCGGGGGAGGGGACCUCCACACACACAUCUGCUCCGAUGGCAAGCUGUCAGAAGCCGAGGCCAAGAUCACCUUCGCACAAAUCCUAUCCGCCAUCAAACACAUGCACGACAAAAACAUAAUCCACCGGGACCUGAAGGCUGAGAAUGUACUGUACACCUGUAAUGGCUGUGUGAAGGUGGCUGACUUUGGCUUCAGCACCAGGGUCACCAACUGCAGUGACACCCUGGACACCUUUUGUGGCUCUCCCCCCUAUGCCGCGCCUGAACUCUUCAGGGACGAGUGCUAUGUGGGGCCGCCAGUGGACGUAUGGGCCAUGGGCGUCCUGCUCUUCUUCAUGGUGACUGGCACCAUGCCCUUCCGAGCCGAAACCAUGGGCAAGCUGAGGCUCGCUGUUAUAGAGGGAGUCUACACCCUCCCACCCUGGGUGCCAGGCCCAUGCCAGCGGCUGAUUCGGGGCAUCCUGAAGCCUGUGCCAGUGGAACGCUAUGCGGUGGACCAGAUGCUGGGCUGUGACUGGCUGCUUCCUGUGGAAUACCCGUGGACUGUGGUGCCACCGGUCCCCCUCAACCCUCUGCGCCUGGCGGAUGCAGAGCCUGGGGAGCUGGAUGAGGAGGAGGAGGAGAUCAGGGCCUCCCUGGAGGAGCUGGGUGUCAACAUGGAACACAUACGCAACAAUGAGGGCAAGGACAGCCGCAGCCCCAUCACCGGACUUUACCGCAUCCUCUUACACCGUGCCCAGAAAAGGCGUGGCGCUGAGACUGUGCCUGUGGUCGGAGGAUUGGUCCGGGACCCUAAAAGAGAGGGCCUCCGAGCUUACAGAAGUCUGAUGCACUCCUCCAGGUUAUGUGUCCUUCAGUAAGUGACCAGCCUGGACGUGGGUCCUUGUAACCCUGCUUUAAUCCAUUGAAAAUUCACUCAGGGUCAUACAGCUACAAAUGUUUUAUUGCACUUUGGGAUGAAAGUGAAAAUGUGUUUUGUGUGAAUGUAACACAGGAACCUCUGUAGAUGAACAGUUGUGGUAACACACAGAUACUGAAACAUUGGACUGCUGGUCAUGAUGUCUCUAACAAAGUAAGAUUGUUAUUGGUAAUCUUUUGUGAAGCUGAAAUAGAGAUGUAAAAGUGCCUGAUGAAAUAAUGAGUCCCAUCAAAAUGAAUUUAAGAAGCACCCUUUUUAGUAUAGAAGUGAUACUUAUGGGGGCCUCCCGGGUGAUGCAGUGGUUAAGGGCACUGUACUGCAGCGCCAGCUGUGCCACCAGAGACCCUGGGUUCGCGCCCAGGCUCUGUCAUAACCGGCUGUGACCGGGAGGUCCCUGGGGCAACGCACAAUUGGCCUAGCGUCGUCCGGGUUAGGGAGGUUUUGGCCGGUAGGGAAAUCCUUGUCUCAUCGCGCACCAGCGACUCAUGUGGCGGGCCGGGUGCAGUGCGCGCUAACCAAGGUUGCCAGGUGCACGGUGUUUCCUCCGACACAUUGGUGCGGCUGGCUUCCGGGUUGGAUGGCGCUGUGUUAAGAAGCAGUGCGGCUUGGUUGGGUUGUGUAUCGGAGGACGCAUGACUUUCAACCUUCAUCUCUCCCGAACCCGUACGGGAGUUGUAGCGAUGGGACAAGAGUACCUAGUACCUACUAAACAAUUGGAUACCACGAAAUUGGGGGGAAAAAGGGGUCAAAAUUCCACACACAAAAAAAAAGUGAUACUUAUAUACUGUUAUUCAUAGCACAAUAGAGCGCAUGAAAUAUGAAGAAUGUGCUGAAAGAGCAUUGCUUUUAGACAACUCCUUGGUUGCUUGAUGAAACAUUGAUAGUCUCUGAAAUCAGUAUACUUGUUUGUCUUCGUGAUUUUUCUUGCCCUUAGAGAAGACUGAUUUUGUGCAGGUGAUUGUCUCUGUAUUAUAUUCGACCACCAAAUGGAACUUUUACCAUUGUGACUUAUUGAUGCUCUAAAUAAAGCGCAAUAAAGACUUAA